AGCUCAACUCAGCAUUCUCUAGUGGUAUUGAAUAGCUGUUUUCUGCUUGGACACAACACUGUCCUUUCAGAUCCCAAACCAAACCACUGCCUGUCCCUUGGUCUUGGGUACUGGCACUGAAUUUCUAUUCAGUUCUACAUAAUUGCAAGAGACACAAUGGAGAAGUUUACAGAAUCUCCACCAAACUUAAAUGCAGAGACUUCCUUUUUGAGAGGAGGCAAUCUGAUUCUGCAGCCACAAGUUCAACAUCCAACUGAUGAUAAACCUCCUUUAACAGGGCAAGUUGUACCUGCCCUGAAUACCCCAGUGAUGUCUGGUCUUUACUCAGGUGAUCAUAUUCCUCAGUUUCAUGGUAACCCAGCCAGUGUCAAAGGCUUUUUUGCUCAGGUGACCACCUAUUUGAGGGCUCUGGAUAUUUCUAAUCCUGCAGAUAAUGCCCGAGUCAAGCACUUUUUUGACAACCUGUCACAGCAGAUGCAAAAUUGUGAUGUCCUAUCUGAGUCUACCCAGAAUAAUCUAUUGAAACAAUAUGAGAAAUUUGUUCUUGAGUUACAACAGUCAUUUGGUGAACCAAUGACCCAAGAAACGAUACCUCCAAUGAAUGUUACAGUUGACAAAGGCAACAUCUCUCCACUGGAUGCUACUAAUUUCCAACUUCAUGCUCCAAAUUUGAGUUAUAGUGAGACCAAUCAGAGAGACCAGUUCCAAAAUGGACAAGCUGACCCAACUCAGAAUGAAGAAAUCACAGAUAUAAUGGACAACCUACCAGAUUUGAUCACUCAAUGCAUUCAGCUAGACAAAAAACACAAAGACAGGCCAGAGCUCCUACAGUCAGAAAGUCAUGUUCCAGUGUUUGCUUCCACAAACCAUUACCAGUCCUUCAUUGGCCCCGUGCGUCCACUAUCGAAGGAUGGGCCUAGACAGUUGCAGGGAGCCCACCUGCCUGUCACUCCCGCCAAAAGAGCCCGCCAGCAAGAAACUCAGUUAUGUGUCUACUGUAACCAGGCUGGCCACUUCACAAGAGAUUGCCUUGCUAAACGUUCUAGAACUCCAGCAAGGAAAAAAAUAUAGCUAGCUUACUAGUAAGAGGAGGAUAGGAAAUCACUUUGUAAACUCAUACUCUCUCACCAUUGGCCUUAGUGAUUUAUAAACUUUCACAAACUUCAAAAUACAAAUGAGUUGCUGUGAUAUCACAUUAAAAAACAGACAAAAACAUUUACAUCCCCAGGAAUUUGAGCAACCAGAACUUGUUUGAAAGAUAGCCCCUCCCCAAACUUGUCCUAACGACAAUGAUGAAGAUAAUUAACAGAAACUUAAUAGUUGGGACCAAUCAGCUUCAAGAGUUCUAAAAGUUUGCAAACAAGACUCUCUACAGUCUGAACCAAAAAAUAAAAAAUAAAAGAAAUUUAAAAAACCCUCACAAUGUACUGAGAUUCACAUCCCUACCAAAGGAUGAAAUCGUGUUUGGACCAAAUCCCAUAGCUUAUGUGCCUAGGACUAAGCCCAAAGCUUUUAUCGACUUCUUUAUUGAUCUGUUUCUUAGUGACUUGUUUGUUCAGGUCUUCUGUUUGCACUCAUAGUGGCAUCACCAUAUCCAACAAUACCCUUGUCAUCGAGAGACCAGAAUCUGGAUUCUGUUCUAUCUGUUAAUCAGACUCUAGUGCCAACACAUGACAAUCAUCCUGGAACUAAAUCUCUGCCACCCAUUUAUACAGCUAUAUAUUUUGUUGCCAACUGAAGACUCCUGCUUCCCCAACAUACUGAACUUCUUGGCUAUUGGC